UCGCUGCUAAGUAGUGCUUAAGACGCUUAGGUGUUAUGUGUGCAGUAGUAUAAUAUCUAUCUUAUUCUGUUUCGUGCAAAAAUUUCGUCUACACUAGUGUCACAGUCACAGUUGAAAGCAAUAAUAAUACUAAAAUUAAAAAUGGAGGACAAAGAUUCCAUGUGGAAAGUAUUUUACAAUCGGGUACAGCGGAAAUUUAGCGCCCAGAGUAUUUCGCCGGAUAUACAAGUUGAUCAAAUAGACGGUAGAUUUUUUGAACGUUAUGGCUCUGGAUUCAAGGAUAAUUUUGAAAAGAAUAUCGUUAUUGCUGAUAAGGAUAAAUUCGAUACUCUAAAUGAAAGGGAAAUUUUGAAAGUAGACAAUGAUAUUGCUGAGAAGACUCAACUAUCUUACAAAGAGUUAUUAUCGUCAUUGUUAGAAUUAAAUAUAAACGAAUUAUACGAAGAAGUAUUGUACGAAAUAUUACAUUGUAUUGGGAAGGAAAAAACUUGUUUAAAUCAAGAAAAUAUAAUCGAAUUUGCCCGAAAUGCAUUUAAAAUUGAACAAGAUACUCACGAAGCUAUUUAUAAAGCCGUUAUGGAAAAAGAAGCUCCAAACAUAAUGUUAAACAUUGAAAUCAUCGAAGCGAAAGAUAUAAAACCAAAAGAUGCAAAUGGUUUCAGUGAUCCAUUUUGUACCUUAUUUUUGUCUUCUACCCAACAACAUAAAUAUAACACGUCGGUGAAAAGUCAAACUCUGCGGCCAGUCUGGGAAGAACACUUUUCACUGCCAGUCGAGACUCCUGCUAAUAAUAUUUUAUGUGUGAAAGUUUUGGACUUUGAUCCGGUGAUAACAUUAAAAAAAAAAGUUACAAAUUUUGGUGACAUUAAAGGAUUUAAAGGAAUGAAAAAGUAUAUGAAAGACUUCGCGGUAACUGCUACGAACAGUGAAUUUAUCGGCGGUACACUAAUACCACUUAAGACAAUACCUUCUCGAGGUCAAAUAGCUUGGUACAGUUUGGAGAAAAAAGGCAAGGGCAAGCCGCAAGGGAAUUUGUUAUUAAAAUUGUCGUUUGGCAGUAAAAAAAAUAAACAAGUUGCUGCUCAAGAACAUAGACACCUACUACGAGUAUUGUUAGCUUACCAAAUGAAUGUACAAAAGCCUGAAAUGAAUUCAUGGAAGGGUGAUUUUUUACCUGAGUCUAGCUUAAUAAUUCAACAGCAUGUUGCACAAAGUAAUGUCAGCACUGUUGAUGAGUGUUUGAGCCAAUGGAUAGAAUACAUUAACGCUCAUGUGUUGAGUCCUGUGGUAAAUUUUAAAGUAUUUUCGGACAUACUAGAUAUUUUAGUUAAAUCCAUAACUACUGGACAUUUAUCCAAUGAAGAGUUAAAAAUGUUCUGGCAAUCGUCUAAAAAAAUAUUACCAUUUUGCUUUAAUGCUAUUCGAACAAUACGUAAAAAAUCUGCAGAUGAUGAACAGUUAUUGAAUCAAAUAGAAUACGUUUUAAAUAUAUUACGAAAUCUAUCAUUAUUGGAGUUACCAAGUGACUUAGACCUCUUUCCAUCUGAUGUUUAUGAUUGGUUGUUACCAUGCGAACACACCAGAGACAUAAAGAGUACAUUGCACGAUGCUGUCGUCCAUGGUGCUGUGGAAUGGCACGUUCACAUAUUAGAAAACAACAAACCCGAUGACUUUACGGAUGAAGGACAGAUGAAACUUCAGCUUAAAAUAAUUCAACUUCUUAAACUAGAUUUGCAGAAAGCCAUAGAGUUUCAUAACAAGUUAUUUAUCAAGAAAAUGCAAUUUCCGUAUGCCAGUACACUAUUUUCAAUAUACGAAUGUAAAAUAUCUGAAAUGUGUGAGCCAUUUAUCACUCUCAUUUGUAUGAAUAUGAAGCCAAUUAAUUUUGAAGAAAACGGGCGGUUUCAAGUUGACAAUGAUCCGCUUGCAAUGGGAACGUCACUUUUUGAUCUUUAUAUGGGGAUUCAGAAAUUUGUCGAUUUAGGAAAAAAUAACUGCAAUGUAGACUUUGAGACGAAUAGUCAUUUAGUCAAGUAUCAUUUAUGGUUCCAACAAGGUGUUGCUAGGUGGUUGGAUAUUGCCUCGUACAAAGCCAUGCAACGCAUUGAAAGAGCUGUAGACUUGGACAAGUUAGUCAAAGUGGACACAUCAGUGGAUUGUAGUUCAUCAGCAGUCGACACAAUAGCAAUAUUCUACCAAAUAAAAGUGUUUUGGCAACAACUAGCAUGGCCUGAUGCCGAAGGUUCUUAUUCAUUCGUGGCAAAGAUAAUUGAUCACAUUUGCAUGUGUUCUGUAUACUUUUCGGACAAAACAGCUUAUAAAGUUAAUAGUACUGUGAUUGAAAAUAAAAGAUUCGAAGUCACUAAAGAAUGGUGCUUAGCCGUAAACAAUAUAGAUUAUGUAAAACAAAAUAUCCGGCAAUUUGUAAAUGAUUUGGGUAUAACACAGUUGAUGAACAGUUUAGCAAACUAUAAGCGUGAAAUUUCAGAAGAUCAUUGUAAAAAAACACUGGAUUUAGUCGUUGAUAAUGCAAUUGAUACAGUAAACAACAAAAUUAUAGAUCUUUUACAGACAGUAGUGAACAAAAUGUCUCCUGAAAUAAGUAAAUUUUUGAUUGAAGGUGCAGAAGUUUUUAAUACAAACAAUAAUCAUUUAGACAAUUUAAUGUUAUAUUUGGAUGAAAAUCUAUGUACUUUAAGUAAGGAACUUAACAAAGAAAAUUUUCAACGUAUACUUGACAUUAUAGUUGAUCAAAUAGCAACAAUAAUGUAUAAUCUUAUACAAAAUAUUUUAGAAAAAAAAAAACCACCUACAUAUUUUAGGAAUCUAAGAGACAGUUUUCAUAUUUUGUUUGGAUUUUUGAGAAAAGAUAAUACGGAAUAUAAGAGUGAAACAAUUCAAAAGCUUGAAGCAUUAUUGCAUUUACAUACGUUAGAUACUGAAAACCUUAUACAUGAAUAUUAUUUAGAAAGACUUCAAAAACAAAAGGAGAUCCAAGAGGCUAAUGAAGGAGUAUUAACUGUUAAAUUGAUAUUUAUUAACAAUGUUCUCAAAGUAGAUAUACUAAAUGCAAAUGGAAUAAAAGCAAUGGACUCUAAUGGUUUUAGCGAUCCAUUUGUUAAAGUAUGUUUGCUGCCCAAAGACAAAUUUCAACAUACCAAUAAACCAACAACAGUAGUACAGAAAAAAACUUUGUACCCUUUAUUUGAUGAAUGUUUUAAAAUUUCUCUAACUCCUGAACAACGCACUGAAGAAAAUGGUUUAGUUAUGUUUAUAGUAAAAGAUCAAGAUUUCAUGGGAAUGAAAAAUGAGUUUGUAUCUGAAGCAUUUAUACAUUUUAAAGAUAUUCCAUUUACACAGUUAGAAAAUGACUUAGGAAGCAUACCUCAAAUUAAAUUAAAGCUAACGUCUCCAAAAUCUCUAGAUUCAAAAAUUCUCAAAGCUCUUGAUAGUAGAUCAACAGACAAAUUGGCAAAAGAUUUUCUUAAGAGAGAAAAAAUAAAAAUUGCAACAGCAAAUUCAACGCCGAAAAAAUGACUACACUCUAUUACAGGACGAAUUAAGCAUUAUACGUCUACAUUGAUACGAAAACUUAAAAACUCAUAUUGAUUUGGUGUACAGGGGCUGAUACAGUUUUCCCGAUUUUGAUAACAGCUAGAUAUCACCAAAUUAAAUUUCGGGAGAUCAGUUAUAUCAACUUUAGAACAACAAUUUUCCCGCAUCAAAAUAAUAAAAAAAAAAGUUUUUUACAAAGCCGACGUUGCCAACAUUAUAUCACAAAAAUCUUUAUUUAAAAUAGCUAAAAUCCUAACUACCGCUGCUCAUCAAUUAUAACUACUGUUUAUCAAUACUAACUUAAAUGCGAAUUUAAAACAUGUUUUUUAUGCAUAAAUGAAUACAAUUAUUGCCCGAGUUGCAUACUAAAAAGCAUUAGUAUUAGUAGUGACAUUAUUGUGGGGGCAAGGUAUCAUAAUGAAAAUUGUUUUUAGAUUUGCGUAAAACAAACUAUAAAGUAGUAACUAUACAUCGAAUACAUUUAAAUAUAUUGCAGUAUUAUUGCAAUCACUAAUAAAACUAUUCGAAUUAUUGUCAAUGCAGUUAAAGAACUUCAAUGAACAUAACAUUUCCUAUCGAUAGACAUAACACUUUUACUUCAGGACCAAAGUCUACCUUUUUAUGAGAAAUUUCAUAGGUACCUAAACAAACUAAUACAAGAUAAAACUAAUUUCAAUAUAAAAGAUAAAACAUGAAUAAUAUGAAAUUCAUUCAAUGAAAAAAUACUCGAUGUAUUCUGUAUAACUAUAACUUAUAAUUUAUUUAAAGUAAAAACUGCAUAUGAAUGCGGAGUGACGAAUAAUCGUAGAAAAAUCAUAAUUAAUGUUUUUACUAUCUAUCGUAUAAUAAAUACUAAUAGUAGGUAGUACGAUGCAACUAUGCAUUAAUAAUGUUGAAUCUACUUAAUAAGUCAUUCUUUUUUUUAAGUUUUAACCUAACAUGAGUCCUGUCUAAAUGAGAAUUUUAUUGUUAUAUCAUAAGGUUACCUACCUAUAUCAAUAAAUUGUACUCAAAUAAAAAUGUAGACUAUAGAUAGGUAGUUAUUCUUGUAUAAAACCUUUUUAAACAUUUUCAAAUCAGAGUGCGUAGAUAAACAUUAUUAAGAGACAGCAGCUAGUGUCUGCUCUUGCUGCGCUUACAGACAGCCUGAUCCUGCCCAAUAAAUUGGCCACUGGUAAGAACAAGUAAUUUAUUGGUCUAAAUAUAUUAGGUAAAUAUUAGGACUGUUCAUUUAUUUCAGAAAUCAUUUACAACCGUUUUAGGCGAUUAUGAAUUAGUUCGAUUAUCUAAUGUUUGUUAUUUUGAAUAGCUCUUUUAAGUUUAAUGUUUAGUUUUUGAAAUGUUUUAAUUCAUAUUUAUAAUAAUAUGUUAAACGUAUGAGAAAUGUAUUAAUUCUGCUUUUGUUAAGUUAAUG